AUGUACCCGUUCUACAUAUGGGACAGGCCGUCGGUGGUUAAGGUUACAAAUUGGAUGUUCUUUGUCUGCUUUAACCUGGGUGGACUCUUUUUCAACCGCUCAUGGAAGUGCGUCGUGCUCAACGAGCUACCGGAGGACCACAAGAAGAAGACGAGGAUAUACAUGUUCAAUCACCUGUCUUCCUCCGACCCGUUUUUGGUUACCACGAUCGGUAUGAAGGUGCCGAUGAUCUGCACAUACAAGGACUCCAUUCACAAGAUUCCCACCACAGGACGAACGAUGAAGCUUAGUGGGCAUUUAGCUAUUCAGUUUAUGUACGACAAGGCGAACGACAGGAAAAUACCGGUUCGCGACAGUGUCAAGAAACUGAUGCAGGUGCGGUGUGCAUACAUGCAUACCAAGCUCAAAUGCGUUCAGGAUUGCAAAGCUGCCAUGGACGACGGAUUCAACGUUUGUGUGUAUCCCGAGGGUAAAAGGAGCCGCGAUGGAGUCUUACAGGAGUUCAAGGACGGGUUCUUCAGGUUCGCUGUAGAACACGGAGUGGAGAUCCAACCAUGCGCCAUCAGCAACUCAGCCGCUCUGUGGCCAUUGAAGAGCACAUUCCUCAUCGGCUCGGGCGUGGCUUACAUUAACAUCGGAAAACCCAUCAGCCCUGAGGGCAAGACUAUCGAGGAACUCAAGCACGCCACGCGAAAGGCGAUAUACGACGCCCUGAAAGCGUGUCCAACAUUCAACCCGGAGUUGGAGACGGUGCCCGAGCUAGAAGAUUGA